UAUGGAUCUAUUUUUCACAAGUUUCUUUAUAAUUCUGAGUCACUUUGUUCAUAGUUUAGCCCUUGACAACUGUCCGCCAAACCUGAAUAAAAGCGACCUGUACACAUACGGGGAUUUUUGUCUGAAGGUACAUUAUGGGAACUACGACUGGGAUGACGCAAGACACCAGUGUCUUCAAGAGGGCGGAGACUUAGUUCAGAUCCGGGAUUCUGGGAUGCAGCAUUUUCUCCAAAGAAUUCUGUCAGGUCAAAGGUCAGAGGAAGACGGGUUCUGGAUUGGGGCGAGCGACAACGAGUCAGAAUCACAUUGGAAAUGGGUCUCGGGUGAUCCUAGAAUGAGUUACAGUAAUUGGGAACCUGGACAGGGGCCAUCUCAAAGUGGCUUUUUCCUUGCCAGUGGAACUAUUGAAGACUGUGCUCUAAUGAGAGUAGACAGUGGAUUUAGAUGGCAUGAUUAUGACUGUAGCAGUAUAUUCUACCAUUAUUCCUCGAUCUGUCAAUACGAUACUGUCCAUAAAACAACAACUUCAUCAACAUACGAGACGGUUGGAGACAUCAUAGGCUAAAGGAAUAUAUAAUUAUGU